CAAUGCCAAAUCCAUUAAAUAACAACAGUGGUGGUGCUGGUAAUCAUAACCAUUUACAAUAUCCUCAAAAUAACGGUACAAAUAAUUGUCCAUCAAAUACCUCAUCACCAUCGUCUAUGAAUCGACGAUCAACAUCAAAAAAUCCAAAUGGACCACCACCACCACCGCCACCAACACUCCCAUCACAUCAUAGGCCAUCAUCAUCAUCAUAUAGAAGACCUAUUUAUAGUAUAGCCAAUCCGAAUUAUUCUCCAUAUCGUUCUGGUCGACCGCCACCACAGCAGUCAUCGAAUUCUUAUCUAAAAUUACAUCCAACACAUAAUUAUCCUAGAUAUUAUUCAACAUCCUAUCCAUAUUGUUUGUCAUCAUCAUCAUCAUUACCAUUGCAAUCAUCAUUUACAACAUUUAAUUCAAGUGUCAAAUUACAGCAGCUCGGUAAUCGAUUACAAUCAUGGAAAACGGCGUCAAUUGGAAUAUCUUUUCUGGUAUUAUUGUUGCUCAUCUGUAAACUACAUGAUGUUGAUCGUGAAAUCAAUUAUCUACAUUAUAUAUCCAAUGAAUGGCUAUCACAGCAAGCAGUCAAUCAUCAGUUAUUAACAUCAUCAUCAUCUGCUGCUGCUGUUAUUGGAAGUGGUGAUGGUAAUGCAGAACCAUCGAAACGAAGAAUGGAUAACCAUCAUCAUCAACCAUUAGAUGGUCAUCACGAUAAUAAUAAUGACUAUGAUGAUAACAGCCAUAAUCUUUAUUCACUGGUAUUAAAUGCCACAAUCAAUAAUACCACAACGAAAACCAUCAUCAAUACUAAAGACAAUUAUUCUAAUGAUAUUUUUGAUGAAAAAAAUUUCGAUCCAAAUAAAGAUGAUCUAUUCAAUGAUCUAUCACCAUUUACCAAUUAUCGAUUACGGCCAAUUUCAUCACCAAUUGUUGCCAAAAGAAAAUCUCAACCAUCAGAAAAUGAUCAAAAAUUAACUAGUCGCCAUCAUCAUCAUCAUCAUCAUCAUCAUCAACAAAAAUCAUCCACAUCUAUUGUUGAUGAAUCUAUUGAUCAUCAACAAAAUUCACAUCAUAAUAAUCGACACUUAAAAACUCAACAUAUUACCAGUCAUCAACAGCAUCGAUUAUCACCAGUUCAAAAGGAAAUUAUUCAUCAUCAUCCGAAUGAUGAUGAUGAUAAUGAUAAUGAUGAUGAUGUUGAACCUAUACAAGAAUUGGCUUCAGCAAGUAAUCAUGAUGUAAUCGAAUUGGCUAAUAUAAUAUCAAUCAUUAGUUAUUUAAAAGAAGAUGUCGACGUUUUAAUGAGUGAAUUGAUGGCCGCUCGUACAACAUUAUUACUGAGCCUAGUAUUUGUUUUAGUCUACAUUCUAAGUUGGUGUUGGAUGGCCUAUGCAAUUCGAGCAACAAACACACCGCAAGACAUAUCAUUGAAAACGGUACUUUUGUUGGCUAUAUUUGCUGCUGUUGAUAUUGCUGCCAGUGCCGGUUUUGUUAUGGUUCGAAUCAUAAUGUAUUUGAUGCGUGAUCAUUAUUUUCCUCGUGACAUGCGAAUACCAUUACAUUCAUUAGAAUAUAAUCAAUUACCGGCUCAUGUUGCACUUCGUUUGACCAGUAUGAAGUCGGGUACGGGUGUCAUCGAUAUAUUUGUUUCUGUGAUUGUAACAUUUUUAACUUCGUUACGUGUAUAUUCGGUCAUUUGUGCCGUAUCAUUCUAUCGAAGAGCUCGUAAAGAAUUGUUAAAUGUAAAAAAUUUUGAAUACAUGAUCGAACGGCCAACAACAUCUAGAUUUCCAUCAAUGAUCGGUAAUUCAUCGACAAAUUAUCUUCGUGGUUCAAUGAUGGCAGCUGCAGCUGCUUCAAAUUCAAAGCCAAGUCCAACAAAUAGUACUGGUGAUGGUGGUAAACAUGAUUCCUGCGAUUUAGGACAAAGUGGUUAUCUUCCUAAAAUAAGGUUAUUAAGUGCACAUAAAGAUCUUGAAAGACGAUUCUCCAUCAACAAUGGUCGCAACGUACAUCAUUCUCAUCAUCAUCAUCAUCAUGAUGUUAAUGUAACAAAUUCAUCUAGUGACAAUAAUUCUACGGAUAUUUCAUCCGCUGAUGAUGAUCCAGCUUUAGAAUUGAAAAUACAAGCAGCCGAUAUGCCUGCAUCAAUACAAAAAUCGGCAAUGCAAUCAACAAUACAUGCAUUACGUACAUAUACAACUGAAAAACAUAUAGCUGAAAGUAUAAAACAAAAUUUCGAUCAAUUGUAUGAACCAACAUGGCAUUGUAUUGUUGGAAGAAAUUGGGGUUCUUGUGUAACUCAUACCAAGUCGAAUUAUAUUAGAAUGUUGUAUAAAGAUCUAACCAUUCUUCUAUAUAAAUCAUCAUGAUCAUAAGCAGAAAACGAGUCAAUGAACGAAACAAAAUGAAACGAAUCGAACAGGAAAUGGAUAUGGCUUUUAUUCUUUUUUUUAUAUUUUUUUUUGUUAUAUUUUUUCUUUUAUUUAUUACCUUUUUCUCAUUGGAAUU